UCUUCCUCCUCUACUACUCCAAGUCGUUUUUAUCGAAUUUUUAAUGCGGAUGACUAAUCACUUCAUCAGAAACACGAUAGAACACGGCAAUAACAUAUGGGUCGUUUCUUCCCUCCGUCCACCUACCGCUUGUUCCCCUAAUUGAUCUCUCCCCAUGGCAACCCUCACGCUGCCGGCGACCGGAGCCGCCGCGCAACCCGGCCAGGAAGACCCAAGCGGGAUCAAGAAUCCUGGCGAUGGUGCGGGAGAUUCGAGCGGCAUCGACUCCGGAUGGGUUGUUCUGGGGAAAUCUGACAUAGUUCCGGCGGAUUUGGCUGCCGCUGCCGCUGACGCCGGCCACCGACAGCUUGGGUUCUCGCCGUUACCGAUGCUUCCAAUUUGGGUGCAGAUGGUGCUUGGAGGCGUAGUCUACACGGCCGUGCCGUUCUACAAUAGGGCCAGGAAAGCCGAAGAUGAGGUGACAAAAAAUGUGGAAACUGCAUUGGAGGUUGUGGAGCACGCCGCGGAGGUGACAGAGAAGUUAGCUGCUAAUGUGGCCAAUGCUCUACCAGAGAAUGGUACCCUGCAUAAGUUGGCCGAGGAGGUUGAGUACAUUGCUGAGAUAGUGGAUAAGGAUGCACAGAAGGUUGAAAUCAUCAUAAAGAAGAUUGAAGAUGUCAGCAAUCGGAUAGACGCUGCUGUGGAGCCUGUCAUUGAAGAGCUCGAAAAGGAAUUCAAACCAUAGCCAAGCAUCUGGUGGAUCAGAAGGCCCAAAAUUAUUCUUGUUGUAAAUAUCGUUAUUUUCUAUUUUGUUCUUUCUAAGCAUCUAUUGUGUACAUAUAUAUUGUGAUGCCCUAAAAUGAAACCACGCCGUAGUUCUAGCAAGACUAGGUGAUGGUGUGUUGGAUGCUCGAAGCUGAAGCAUCCUGUAAUCUCGUUGUAAAAUACAACUGAAGAUCUAAAACAGUAUAUCGGAUUGAAACUUGAAAGAACAUAUUCUUCUGCUGU